AGAAAAACCCAAAACCCAGAAACUCUGCAACUGUAAACUUAACCUAAAACAGUUCACAAAUCGCAACAAUUCCCAAAACCCUAAACCCCCAAACUGAGCUCAAUUUCUGACUCUCAGUCUUCAAUGGCAACAUUCACGCUAAAAACCGCAACCAACGUUCUUCACAGACACCAUAACCAGCUCGCUUUCUUCUCCAAUGGCGCCAGUACAAGGAGAAAUUUCCCCAUUUCUCAGAAUAGGAGAUCGCGUUUGGUCCCUAAAGUUUCAAUGUCAGCAACAACAGUUCAAACUUUUCUUGAAAAGUCUGCACCUUCCACCAAGAACACUGCCCUUCCAAUAAUGGUUAAUGCAUGUACUGGAAAAAUGGGAAAGGCUGUCAUUAAUGCAGCAGAAGCUGCUGGACUUCAUGUUGUUCCUGUGUCAUUUGGUUGUGAAGAUGAGUCUGGACAAACUUUUGAGGUCUCUGGAAGGGAGUUCCUUGUGCACGGUCCUUCUGAUAGGGAGAGUUUUCUUGAAUCUGUCCUUGAUAAAUAUCCAAAUUUGAUUAUUGUGGACUACACAAUACCAGAUGCAGUCAAUGGCAAUGCAGAGUUAUACAGUAAGGUUGGGGUACCCUUUGUAAUGGGGACCACUGGUGGGGAUAGGGAUUUGUUGCAUAAGACUGUUGAAGACUCAAAGAAUUACGCUGUGAUAUCCCCACAGAUGGGUAAGCAGGUUGUUGCUUUUCUUGCAGCUAUGGAAAUUAUGGCAGAGCAAUUUCCUGGAGCCUUUUCUGGAUAUUCCUUACAGGUAUUAGAGUCUCAUCAAGCAAGUAAAGUUGAUGCAUCUGGAACUGCCAAGGCUGUGAUAUCUUGCUUCAAUAAACUGGGGGUGUCAUUCGAUAUGGAUAAGAUACAAUUGAUCAGAGACCCCAAGCAACAAGUUGAAAUGGUGGGAGUCCCAGAGGAUCAUUUGUUGGGUCAUGCGUUUCAUAUGUAUCAUUUGACAUCACCUGAUGAAACAGUUUCGUUUGAAUUUCAACACAAUGUUUGUGGUAGAUCAAUAUAUGCUGAGGGCACUGUCGAUGCUGUACUAUUUCUUGCCAAGAAGAUUGAAGCAAAGGAUCCCAAGAGAAUAUACAAUAUGAUUGAUGUCUUGCGAGAGGGUAGUAUGAGAUAAAAAAUUUAUUUGGAAUAUGAAGCAAGAUGUCUACUGUUGUUGAAGUCCUUAACGAGAUUUGGCAUUCAAAUAAAGCAAUUUUCAUCUCGUGUCCAUUUUUCUUGUCUAUUUAUUUGAGGAAACCUUAGUGAGCGCAUCAUAUUCUGUUGUGAAUCAUCCAAAAACUAUAUAACGGCUGAGUUCUUUUGGUAUCAAUUUCAGUUUGUCACAACUUUUUAUUAAUCAGAUAACUUGGCAAGAAAAUUUGGUUCA